GGAGCAAUUGUGCAGGGGAAAGUCAAGAUAAUUUUCCAGUGGUAAAGGAUGACUGGACAGGAUAUCGUCAUGAAGGACCCGGAGGUCGACCCCAAGAAUGUUAUUAAAAACAGGGAGACACUGUAUCGUCUGAUGAUCAGUCAAUUAUUCUACGACGGUCACCAGACAAUAGCAGUCCAGUUAUCGAGCCUGAUUCAGGCUGAUCCCCCCUGUCCUCCCUCGGAUCGUCUCCUCCACCUGAUGCUCAUGGGGACAGCCCAUGAGCCAGACAGAGCGAAGAAAACCGAAGGCCCGAACAGUAAUCACACACCGUCUUUCACUACCUUCGACAACACCCUGGGCCCAGGACUGGACCUGGAGUACGAGACUGAGACCCAAACACAGGCUCCAGAGCCAGCGCAGUACGAGACAGCCUAUGUCACAUCGCACAAGGGCAAUUGCAGAGCUGGUGCCUUCUCUGCUGAUGGACAGCUGAUCGCCACAGGCUCAGUCGAUGCCUCCAUCAAAAUCCUGGACGUUGAUCGGAUGCUCGCCAAGUCAGCACCCGAUGAAAUGACACCUGGCGAUCAGGCUGGUGGUCAUCCAGUGAUCAGAACACUUUACGAUCAUCUGGAGGAGGUGACCUGUCUUGAAUUUCAUCCUCGAGAGCCAAUUUUGGUCUCAGGAAGUCGAGAUUUCAGUGUCAAAUUGUUUGAUUACAGCAAAGCCAGUGUCAAGAAGGCAUUUAGAACCAUCACAGAUGCUGAUCAGAUCAGGUGCCUGUCAUUCCAUCCAACUGGUGAUUUCCUGAUUGUGGGGACCAAUCAUCCUGUCAUCAGACUUUACGAUAUCAACACUGCUCAAUGCUUCGUCUGUAGUAUUCCUCAUCAUCAGCACACAGCUGGCAUCACCAGUGUUAAAUACUCACCAGAUGCCAAGACUUACGCCUCUGCUGGGAAGGAUGGGAGCAUCAAGCUGUGGGAUGGGGUCUCCAAUAGGUGUAUCAACACCUUUGUCAAGGCUCACGACUCCUAUGAGGUCUGCUCAGUCGCUUUCACACGUAAUGGAAAGUAUUUACUAUCCUCGGGGAAGGAUUCAUUGAUAAAAUUGUGGGAAUUAUCUACCAGCAGAUGUUUAAUUGCCUACACUGGAGCUGGAACAACAGGAAAACAAGAGCACAAAGCCCAGGCUAUAUUCAAUCACACGGAGGACUACGUUAUGUUCCCUGACGAAGCAACAACAUCCCUCUGCGCCUGGAAUUCCAGGAAUGCAUCGAGAAAACAAUUACUCUCCCUCGGGCACAAUGGCCCUGUUCGAUUGAUCGUCCACUCACCAACGGCUCCAGCUUUCCUCACCUGCAGUGACGAUUUUCGGGCGAGGUUUUGGUACCGACGAAUGCCAACGCAUUGAGAUUUUCAGAGAUAUCGUGAUAUGUAUAUUUUAUAACGAAUUCCAAUGGAAGGGUUCCAUUUAUUAUUGUUUUCUUUGUCUCAAGUUUUCUAUGUAUGAAAUAAAAACAAGAAACGAA